AUGACCAACGACAAGCGGACCAUUGAUGACGUCGACCGGGAAGUGACGUCUCUGCUGCAGGAGGCAGAUGAGGCGCGCGAGCGACAGGCGCAGAACAAGCGGCGCAAGAGGUUUGCGCCUAUGACGCAGUAUGGAACGGACACGGUGGACGGGGAAGACUGGGAGGGCACGCCUGCAGGUUAUAUGAAGCGCAUAACGCUCAAGAACUUCAUGUGCCACGAGCACUUUGAACUCGAGUUUGGGCCGCGGCUGAACUUUAUCGUGGGGAGCAACGGGUCGGGCAAGUCUGCGAUUCUGACGGCGAUUACGGUGGUGUUCGGCGCCAAGGCGUCGGACACCAACCGCGGCGUGAGCUUGAAGUCGCUGAUCCGCGAGGGCUGCGGAACCGCGCGCAUUGCGAUUGUGCUGGCAAACCAGGGACUGGGGGCCUUUGAGCAGGGCGUGUACGGCAGCGAAAUUACGAUUGAGCGAACGCUGAAACGAGAUGGCCAGAGCAGCCACUUUUCGAUCAAGUCCGAGAACGGGCGGGAAGUGAGUAACAAGAAGCGGGAUCUACAGCGGAUCGUGGACUAUUUUUCGAUUCCAGUGCUCAAUCCCAUGUGCUUUCUGUCGCAGGAUGCCGCUAGGUCGUUUUUAACAGCCUCGACGCCGCAGGACAAGUUCCGGCACUUCAUGCGGGGCACCUUGCUUGAGGAAAUCGACAUGAACUUGGCUAAGGCUGAGGAGAUCCUGCGGUCGUCGAAGAGCAACCUGGACUACCAUGGCGAAAAUAUGAAGGCCCUCCGCGAGGACUACGAGCACGCGAAACGCCUUUUCAAGGAGAUAUACAGUACACACGACUGGAAUGAACGCAAGAAGACUCUGCAGGGCAAACUGUGCUGGCUGAACUACAAGGAAAACGAGCGGCGGCUACGCAAGUUUAAGAAACGACAGGAAGAGAUUUCGCAAAAGAUCGUGGCAUGCGACGAGAAGAUCACUGAGCGCAACCUAAAGAUCGAACGCUACAAGGCUGAUCAGGAUUCGACACACGAGGAGGUGGACCAGAAGAUGACUAGUCUUCAAGACCACCAGAUUAAAUUCGAGGAGGCAGAGCAGGAACUAGGCCAGUUUAGAGAGAAACACGAAGUUUUAAAAGAGGAGAGGAGAAAGGUUGAACGAGAGAUUGCAUCAUUGGAGGUAUCGCUUAAAGCACACAGACAGCAGGUGAAACAGCUGGAGCAGGAGCUGGCCGAAGCUCUUGGCGGAAGUAAGGAGCAGAUGGUUACGGAAAAGAGACAGGUGGACGAAGAAAUAAAGACUCUGAAGGGUAAUCUGCCCAGCCUGGAGGAUAAAUUUCAACAGUGCCGUGACCGGGAGCUGGAGUAUUCUCAUCAGAGGAACACCGCAAUCCAGCAGCUUCAAACUUCGAUUAAUUUGAAAAAGCAGGAGUAUCGGGAGAGCACUGCCAACCGAAGCCAGGAUUCCUACGCAGUUUAUGGGAGAAACAUGAAUAGGGUUGUUGCAGAAAUAAGAAAUAGACGGCAUGAAUUCUCGAAGCCACCGAUAGGGCCAUUAGGAUUGGAAGUGUCCAUAAAACCGGGGUAUGAACAAUGGGCCCGGUCGAUACAAAGCAUUGUCGGGCCCUCCUUGGGUGGUUUCGUGGUAAGUACUUCGAGAGACAAUUUAUUGCUACGACAGAUUCUGCGGAAGUACCCAGAUACGCGCAACACUAGCAUUGUAACAUACGCGUUAACUGAGUUUAAUUACGAACACGGAAAAGCCCAUACUGCGCACCCUACUAUUUCAGACGUUCUCGGCUUCAGCAGAAGGGAUCUGGAAUGUUUAUUUGUUGAUCAGCACAGAAUCGAGACUAUUAUACUUGUGGAUAAUAAAGAUGAUGCCUAUAAUGUGCUAAAGCAGUCGCCGCAAAAUAUCACCAGGGCUCUUUCCCUCAAGGAUAACCGUUCUGGAUUUCAAUCUUCCCUGGCACCGUCCGGUGGUUUCAGGUUGGAUACUAUUGAAUAUCAACAACAUCUUCUUUUUGCUCGUACCUCGGGUAAUAAUAAUGCCAGCGAUACUCAGUACCUGAAAGCGGUGAUCGAAGAAGAGGAGGGUGAGCUUCGCCGGAUUCAAACGCACUACGCUUCCUUAGGCUCUGAAAUAAAAGAAGAGGGAAGAAAGCUCGAAGAACAGAUGCGUUCGAUACGCAGCAGAAUUGUCAGCUUAGAACUUCGGAGCAAACACUUGAAGGUGAAGAUCGAGAAGGAGGUUGAUACAGGGGCAUUGGACGCUCACAAAGCGGCGCUCAAUGUUGAAACUUCACAAAUUGCGCAGCAUCGGGGUGCUAUCGCUGCAAUCAACGACCAGCUGUUGCAACUGAAGGACGAAGUUGAACCAUACAAGAGAAAGCAUGAGUCUGCUCGUCAAUUGGUGGCAAAGGUUAAAGAGGAACUCGAGGAUUUGAAGGAGAUGAUAAGGGUGAGAUCUCAUCGUAUUGACAAAAUGACUGAUGAUAUCACUAUUUAUAAUAAAAAGAAGGUCGCAUACCAAGAAGAAUUUCAGAGUAUACAAACCAAUGUGGAUUCCUUUACGCCUGUGCUGGACUCUUUGAGGGAGGAUGCCGAAAGACACUGUUCUGAGGAGGUAGCAUAUGGGAGUGAAAUCCCAAAUACCGAAGAAGAGGUUCGGAUGGAAAUGAGAAUUGCUGAUCGUCAUAUUAAGCAGGCCGAGAAAAGCGUAGGAAUGACACAGGAAGAAGUUGCUCGGCUUCUUGAAAGCACGAGGGAAAAGUUCUACGACGCCCAAGAGAAAUAUUCCGCGGUUGAUAGAGCAUUGUGGUCACUACAUGAAUCUUUAGAACAGCGGCGCAUAACUUUGAUGAAUAACAUCAAGAGUACCUGUCGUGAAGCUGACUCAGAUUUCCGUACAACUAUACGUGUUAGAAAUGGGUUUUCAGGAGCCUUGAAUUUUGACACCCCUGGUGCGCUUAUGGUUCUCGUUAAGACUGCGAACGACGAGACGCCGAGGAACGUGGACACGUUGUCUGGCGGCGAAAAAUCGUUCUCGCAAAUUACUCUUUUACUAUCUACGUGGAGCACUAUGAGAGCGAGAAUUAUCGCAUUAGAUGAGUUUGAUGUAUUUAUGGAUCAGGUCAACCGGACAAUUGGGACGAGGAUGAUAAUGAAGAAGUUCUCUACGAACAUUCGGACUCAGACAAUUAUUAUAACACCUCAAGAUAUAGGGAAAAUUGCCGAUAUUAGGGACCCAGGGAUCAAAAUCCAUAAGAUGCGUGAUCCUCAACGUCGUAAUAAUUCUGACUUUUAUUCUACAUAG